CGCAUCCAUGGAGACGUGUCUGUCCUCUACGCCUACAGCCAGCCCGGCGCACAUGUGACGUCUCGGGUAUCUAUGGCAACCAACGAUACAACUAUUUAAGCGCAUGGUGAAUGGCCAAGAUGUUACCAGCUUAUAGAUGAAGAGAUCCCUGUAGAGAAGACAUGUCAGAAACCCAUAGUGAUGCUAAGUCACAGAAGGAAGAUAACAGUCAAGAAGUAGAAUUGGUUGAAGGAACUGUAGAGAUAUGCAAGGAAGAUCUAAACCGAGAACAUAGUAAGGAGGAACCAGAUGGUCAUAAUACACCUGAAGAACCUAUUGGGAAAGAAGCCUCCGUGGUAUCAGAUGGUCACCAGGGCUUGGAUGAGCUAGAAUUCCACUGGAGUUUAGAAGAAGAUUUGGAAAUUCAGCAAUGGUCUGACGGAUCCAGCUACAAAGGACAAAUGGCCAUGAAUCUGAAGAGAGGCUUCGGGGAGUUUAAGUGGGCCGAUGGAGAGACCUAUGUCGGUGAAUUUUACAAGGACCAUCACCAUGGACAGGGAAUUUACACUUGGCCUGAUGGUUCCAAGUUCACAGGCUCAUUUUAUCUUAGCCGCAAAGAAGGUUAUGGGACCAUGACGUUUACAGAUGGCAGAAAAUACCAGGGCCUCUACAAGGCAGAUGUACGCUUUGGCCCUGGUGUUGAAAGUUACAGUGACGGCUGUCAAGAUGUUGGCAUCUGGAUGGGACACCACUUGUUCAGAUUAUGUACUCUGCUACCUGGAUCUGUCGCUAUGUCUUCUUUCCCAGACUUUUGUCCUCAUAUAAAUCAGAAUGUAGGUAAUACUGAAUAUAAUUCUCCUGAGCUGCCUAUAGGACAAACAGAGGAUCCAUUUGACUUUAGAUACAAGAUCCUACUUCAAGAAGACAGCUUCACACUCCCAGAGAAGAUCUACUCCUACUCAUUGGAUACAGACCACCUUCCCAUCACUCGCUCUCAGCACAGAGAGUUCGACAGCCACUUUUAUAGAGACAGUAACAAACAAGAAGAGUCCAGAGACUACACGUUUGAUCGUAUAAAUGGGGCCAGGGACAUGAAGGACAUCUAUCUACAUGUCAAUAAAUACAGGAAGAAUCCUGAAUAUUUUGACUGGAAGAUGUGUUCAAUCAUGAUGAAUGAGCGGGAAAAAUUUGGUCCAAAAGGUCCCCGUGAGGGUUCUGCAGAGCGGCUUAUAGAGUUGUCUGGAUUGGGAGAUUUGGAGACUGUUUCUACAAUCUUAAGACAUGAUCUAGCCCAUGUAGAUGUGUCUGAUCAGAGCGGACAGACUGCUCUACACGCUGCAACUGUAAAUGGCCAUAAUAACAUCAUUAACCUUCUUCUUGACAAUGGAGCGGACGUUAACAAGAUUAAUGAUGAGGGACUAUCAGCUUUGUCCUUGUGCCUGAUGCUUUUAUACAGCACAAAGUCAUUUUGGCUUAUUGUGGCUGAGCAGAAUCUCCCGGAGAACAAGGAAGAAAAAAAUUACUUUGGAUUGGACAGUGUGGAAAAUGAAAGCUGCUCUGCUGUGAAUGAGAAAGUAAUGGAGAAGAGCAGUGAAAUAUCUGGUGAAUCCUUGCAAACAUCUGUUAGUAACAAGACUGGUGCAAGUGAGGAAGCUGAUGACGCCAUUGAUCCUCAUAGGAAUAAAAACUUAAGAUCGACCAUGGAGCUUCUUCUUCUACGAGGCGCUGAUCCUAAUGUAUCCAGUAUUCCUAUGAAUGCCCUUUUCAUAGCCAUUAAAGCCGCUGACAUCAAUACUGUUCAGCUAUUGCUGGAAUGUGGAGCCCGGACUGAUGUCCGAUUGAAGACAAAGCAUGGCUCCCUUACCCCCCUACACAUAGCAGCAGCCUUGCCUGUGGCUGAAGGCAUCCGGAUCACAGAGGUUCUGCUGCAUGUUGCUUCAGAUCCGAAUGCAGGCGCUGAGGAUGAUGACUACGUGUGUGAUCAUGACAGGGGGGAGACUCGUGGUGUGAUCCUUGGGUUUUCUAUGAAAGGCGGUUUUGAAUCAGGUCUUCCUCUUUAUAACUACUUUGACAAGACCCCCGGUGUCCCAGAAGAAGGAGGUCGUACCCCCCUGCAUGUUGCAUGUGAACGUGAGGACAACUACAAGUUUGCCAGGGAAACCAUUUCUUUACUUCUUGCCCACAAUGCCAAGGUCAACACCCUAUGGAGCGGUCACUCUCCUCUGUCCUUGGCCAUUGCCAGUGGAAAUGACUUGGCUGUAAAAGAACUGUUGGCUAAUGGAGCAGACCCUAACCUGGCCCUCAGCAGAGGAGUUGGCAGUGCUUUAUGCACCGCUGUAAAUAUUGCUUAUGAGAAGAAAAGAACUCUAGCGGCUAGAAUAGCUUUGGUGGACAGGCUUAUAAAAGCUGGCGCAAAUAUUCUGAUGCCGAUCAUUAUUGAAAAUGGAAAAAGGACUGUGCUGGGCACAGCCACUGACUAUGCCUAUUUCAAGUACUUCCAGGAUAAGAGGAUUGCACACACACCUUACCAUGCCUUAUUACCAGAGGAGCGGGACACCUUCAACGCUCGCAAGCAACUACUAGAGCACUUGGGAAAACUCACUCGGGAGGCAGCGCUAGCAAAGGAACUGGAGUGGACAAAAGAUGGCACCGCCCGAGAAGCAAACGCCAAGGAAAACGUGAAGGCAACAGCUGGAGAAGGGAGCGUGCCACCAACCCGAACCUUCUUCAAGUACUGUUACCAUUGUGGCCGUUCCAUCGGCGUCAAGCUGACCCCAUGCCUGCGCUGUUACAGUGUAUAUACAUGUAGCAAACAGUGCAAAAAGAGAUCAUGGGAUGAAAUACACAAAGAUGAAUGUCAGCAGCUUACAGGGAAACUCAGUGGUAAGAUGUCAGCGAUAGGAAGGGCAAGUAUUAAGAUGCAUUCAGCCAAAGGAAGAAAGAACAGCCCAGCCAAGCAUCUGCAUGCUGAGGAGUCAUCGGGACACGAGGCUUAUGGUGACCGCAUGCCGAGUACCAGCGAGAACUACAGUUACAAUUAGAGGUUACCACCUGGCAAAGUGUGCCACAAGCAAAGCGGCAAGAAGGAGCAGUAGAUUCCAUGAGUUUAAGCUGGCGUUUCCCCUCGGUGACUUAUCUUUAUGUAUUACGUGUGUCUGCGUGUGGAUCGCUGUGGAGUCUCCGGAAACUGUUUUGACACACACAGUAUCGGUGCAGCCAUCUCCGCUCCCCGAGCCGCUGAUGUCAUCACCUGCCAAGAUAAACACAGAGUAGGCUCAGCCCAGAUAAAUGAAGGCUCACUUUACUGGAAUCCCUGGAGAAAACGGCAAACUUCAAGAUCAAUGAAGGAAGAAUAUGCAUGGGACACAAACACCCUAGACACGGAGCCUUAGAUUCGAUCUGCGUGAGAAGGUUGAUCCUCUGUGUUCCUUAGGGAUCAGCAUAAAACUGCAGAAUG